AGAUCCGUCGUGGUCUGAUAUUAUAGAUGCCUGCAAUCCAGGAGUGUAGGUGAACAUAGACUCGCUCGCACAUAAAGCUAAGAAAUGCCCUCAAGCAAAUGAUGAUGAUGAACCUGGAGAAGAUUAUCACCAGCAGGCCAAAGUGUUGUUCAAGGCUACAAGGUAUCAGCAAAAGUUGAGAAAGGAAUUAAACAGCUGGCUACACUUUUCAACUCACUACGAUCAAAACGUUUCGUUACAUUCAAGAGCUCCAGAAUGAACAGAGGGUUACACUGGAUGAUUUCAGAGUUUUUGUGUGCAAUCCUGAGCACUUGUUAGUACACCAAGAUCACAGAGAGCUACGUCGGGCCAAGUCAACCUCAGACAUCUGCACAAUUCUUAGUCAGAAGCAGUACCUUAAUUGGCAGCAUUAUGAUAUACUGGAGGAAAUAAUUAAGGAGUAUGGUGAUCCCUGUUUAAAGAAAGAGCUGGAAGUAUUGUUAAAGAAAUAAAGUCUUUUGAAGAAGAAACAGAGCUUAAUGAUGUAAUAAAUAUCGUAUUCACACCUCAUGGCCCUAAUUCGUAUUUGACGAAAGUGCCUCUUCCAGGGGAGGUUGACCACACAAUGGAAACAGUAAGAAAGGUAAAAAAUGAACUAAAGAAAUGAACGGUUUCUCUUCUCCGUACACCACAUUGGGAAGAAUUCUCCCUUUGGUAUCUAUUUUAUAUGCCACGGCUAUUUUUUCCUCCUACAUUUAUGACGGAACAAAGUAUUAGUGAAAUAUACUCAGACGAAAUUGAAGAUGUAUUGUUAUCAGACUUUCUGAGAAUUUGUUAAGCAGCUAUUGAAUUUGCCUGCAAGUCCAGACCAGUCUGCUGUAGACUAUGUCUCUCCUACAUCCCAAAUUUCACCAGGGGAGAGAGCGGUAAUGUCACCACGCAGAGCCAGCGAACCCCACACACAACAAUUGCAACAGUCGUCCAUCAUCCGGAGCACAUCAACUUGUGGCGCAAAUCUCUCCUCAACCUUGUCGGAGCCCGGGGAGCUGGCCAGCACUGAGCUGGCUGCUCUCGAGGAAAUCCCACUGCUGAAGGAUCUCGUCGAGGAGCUUUUCGGCGUGAGCCACAUGUGGUAUUCCAUCGGCCUCCAGCUUGACAUCCCCUAUGAGGUGCUGGAUAACAUCGAGAAAGCAGUCAAAGAUGAUUGUGGCGCUGGACUACGUCGCAUGCUAAAGGAGUGGUGCAACAGAGAGAAAUCGUGUUCAUGGGCUGCUGUAGUGAAAGCGCUGCGAUGCCGUUCCGUGGCCCAGUAUAAUCUGGCCAAAAAUUUGCACGACAGGUACGUCGACACUAUUGCAAGUCGCAAAGAGCCUACUCCUGCAGUUGCGCGACAGUCUGUCGUCCCAUUCAGAUCUUUACCUGGUGCAGCACCGAAUGCAACUGGGGCUGUGGUGCUUCGGUCAGAUGAAGUACCAGAUGAAGAGGUGCAGAGAGAAAUGAUGAUUCUGGAUGCAGCUUUCGAAACGCUUCGCAUGGAGGUUUACGAGUACAUCUCAGCAACUAAGCCAGACCUAAAUGAGUUUGCUGUCUUCGUUUCCUGUCCCGUACCUUCCUGGAAGAGGACACGACCAAGGCAAAUGACGGAUGUCGAUCUCGAUCGCCUCAUGAACCCCGUUGCACAGUUUCGCGACAUGUUCAUUGUUGUAAACCAGUACACCAACUGGUACAACUAUGAACUGAUGCACAAAAUCACGGAGCGGUAUGGUAACCCUGACCUCCAGGGGAAAAUGGUGCAGUACCGCUCGGAGAUGGUUAAGUUUGAGGCACGUACGAGCACAGAUAAAUUAAAGAACAUUGAGCUUGCCCGGCCUCUAGCAGAUUCCGUCUCGAUCAUCGGAAGAUUGCCAGACAACCACUGCAACCAGUUCAUGGCAAGCCAUAUGCGACGGCUAAAGCAGCAAUAUGCCAAUGAAGCAGGGCUAGAUCACGCAGCUCUUCGCAUAUACAUGGUCAGGGAAAGUUCGGUUGAAAUCAUCUUCCUCGUGCCAGUUACACUGGCACCCUACCUGAUGAGAAAGGUGGCGCCACAAGCCCCACGUCGAGUCAGCAGUGCAUCAUCAACGCACCAGGUGCAGCGGUCUGUCUUGAGGAGUGUAAGUAGCAGUGUAAGUUUCUCCUCUGACUCAUCCAGACCAAGUGAAAUGGAUGAAUCCAUUGAUCCCAGUCUACUACAUGCAUGCGGAGGAGGUUUUCCGUUUGAUGGGGAGAAAGGUGGCGCCACAAGCCCCACGUCGAGUCAGCAGUGCAUCAUCAACGCACCAGGUGCAGCGGUCUGUCUUGAGAGAAAGGUGGCGCCACAAGCCCCACGUCGAGUCAGCAGUGCAUCAUCAACGCACCAGGUGCAGCGGUCUGUCUUGAGGAGUGUAAGUAGCAGUGUAAGUUUCUCCUCUGACUCAUCCAGACCAAGUGAAAUGGAUGAAUCCAUUGAUCCCAGUCGCAUACAUGUAUUCCACGACAAGGUGCUCAUGAAUGGCGAUAGUACCGUUGUGUGCAAGGCCCAGUUCCUCAAUCUUCCCUGUGCUGCCAAGUAUCUCCACCACAAGCUCGUCGAGAUCUCGUCCUGGCAAAUGGAGAAUUUCAAGAAGGGCUGCAAGAUCCUGCAGGACUGGGCACCAGAAAGCAUGCCACGUCGCUCCUUUAGCUGUGCCGACUACAACGAAGCCAUCGACUGCUUUUCUUUUGGAGUCUUGGGCAUUCAUAUUGCCACUCGAGAGCUCCCCCAACCAAACACACAGGCUCACGAGUCCAGUGAAGUGGAGAGAUACACAAAAGGUCUGCAGAAAGUAGAAGAUAGAAACCAUCCUCUUUACCCGCUUAUUAUCAAGUGCUUGAAUGACAAGGACAGCUUGCGACCAUCAGCCACAAAGCUGUGUCAAGAGCUAGCAAGCACGAUCAAGUCAUCUAUUUACCGAAACAGCCAAGCUGCAGAACACAUUUCCACUGAAUUAGUUGGUUUGCAGAUUGAAUACACACGAGACAGACUCCAUGAGAAAACUGAAGAAAACGAGGCUCUGCACGAAGAAUUGAAAUGUAAGCAGACAGAGCUAGACGCAGCCCACAACAUGCAUCAAAAAAAGCAGAGAGAGUUGGAAGCAGCCAAUAAGUCACAAGAGGAUACAAUUGCUUUUCUCAAUGAAAAGGUCAAGGCAGCUCUCAACGAACUUGAAGAAACACAAAACGAGAGAGAGAAAACAACGCAAUACAAGAAAGAAAGAGAUGAAUACAAACACAAAAACAGGACCAUUCAGAAACGGAUCAAUGUGAGGAUAGAGCAUGUGAAGCAUUCUCGAUGUCGGGAGGAUUUCCUCAAGAGAGUCAAGGCCAAUGAACUGAAGAGGAAGCAGGCGAAGGAGAGGGGAGAGAAGGUGGUGUGUAAACGACUGCCCGAGGAGCCACGGCUGGGACACUUUGUGAGGACGGGAGGCAAGGAACCGGAGCUGGUGGAGCCAAUUCCCUAUGAAUUUGUGGCACGAACAUGCUUUAGAUGUCUGAAUAUUGUUUGA